AUGGCGACGGCGAGCUCGGAAGGUGGAAGGCUCGGCCGUGAUGAAGAACGGCGGCCGGCGAGCAAGGAGAACCUCGGCGGUGAUAUCACCCCUAAUAUCAUGGCUGUGAACUGCGGCUCCGGAUUAUGGCGACCAAAGAGGAUUCGGGCGGCUGUUCACUGUAGUUUAGGAGAGAUUGUGAAUGAACCAAAGAAAGACAAAGAAGGCAGAGGAGAGGCUAUGAAGAUAGAAAGAAGAGAUGAAUAUUUACCCAAGAAUCUUCCUCAUGAUCUCGUAGUGGACAUACUCUCACGCCUACCCGUCAAAUCUCUUGUACGGUUCAAGUCCGUAUCCAAGUCUUGGCUCACUUUAUUCACUGAUCCACGCUUUGUGAAGAUGCACCUAAACCGAUCCCAAAAGCGCAUGAAGAUUGUUUUUCCAAGUGAUUAUUCAUCGAGACUGGUUGUGUUUUCCACCCACAAUAUUGAUGACCUGACUGAGAUGCACGUGGAUUCUGUACUUCAGUUCCCAAGUACCACUGCUGAACCAUGGGUCACGUUCAUUGGUUCUUGUGAUGGCUUGCUAUUAUGUUUAACUUCUGAACCAUUGUGUAAUUUGUUUGAACCUUCCAAGAAACUCUACCUGUUCAAUCUUUCAACUAGAGAAUUCAAUAGAUUGCCAGACUCACUCCUCAUUAAUAGAUUAUAUAUUUCGUUACUUUCGUAUGGGUUCGGCUAUGAUUCGUGCACGGAUGAUUACAAGAUUGUGGAAAUCUCACGCCCUUCAUAUGGUGGAAGUAGUGUGGCCAUAUAUACACUAAAAACAAAUGUUUGGAGAUGGAUUCAAGACAUUCCUGACGUUGUUAUGCACCGUAAACAUGCAACACUUCUAAAUGGAUCCCUCCAUUGGUUAACCAAGUAUACGAACAAGAUACUUUAUCUUAAUUUAGCGGACGAGAAAUUUCAGUAUUUUCUUUUACCUGAGUUUGAUUUUCAUAUAACUGAUGCUGCCUUUUUGUCAGUUCUUAGAAAAUGCCUUGGGAUUUGCGUCCCAAUAAUCGAUAUCCCUGCAUCAAUGGUAAUGAUGGAAUAUGGCAAGAGAGAGUCUUGGACUAGUCUUGGCCUUAACUUCCCAACUCGAGACGUGAAGCCUCUGAAUUACUCAAACGAGGAUGAAAUUCUAUUUGUUUUGAAUGAUCAUUGGUUAGGCGUAUGCAAUCCACAGAAAAGCACACAAAGGUAUGUACAAAUUCCCUCUGACACUCGAUUUCGUAGUCUUCAAUUGAAUUAUGCAGAGACUUUUUUAGAGACCAUUGUUUCGACCAGUCAUCGUAGUUGA